GAGCCGGUCUCUUCCUUCCGGUUUGCUGCAGAGCUGGGAUUGUGAAUCCCACCCCCCACCCCCCGGGCAGAGGAUGACGUCUGGCUGCUGGAGAUGGAGAGCCAAAGGCAGGGGCUUAUGAUUUUCAAAGAGGUGGCCGUGUGUUUCACCGAGGAGGAAUGGGUUCUGCUAGAUCCAGGCCAAAGGGUGCUCUACUGGGAAGUCAUGGCAGAGAACUAUGGGAUGGUAGCCUCCCUGGUCCAGGAGCUGCAGCCAGGAAUGAAUAUGGAAGCAUGGGAGUUGGCAGCAGCCCAUGAACCCGGGGAGAAAAUGGAAAGAGGAGAAAAUGAGACUCCUGCAGUCCAACUUGGGACUGAGAGACAGUUUCUGUGUGGGGCAAGUCUGCUGCAGGCCAAACAGGCUCCCGCUUCUAGGUCCCAGCUGGAAUGGGAAGACCAGUUCCUGAAUUUCCUGAAGACAGCAGCAUCCUCUCCCUCUGGGCUUCCCUGCCCCCAGUCCUCGUUGGUGUCUGAUAUAAGGGAAUCCCAGGCUUCUUUGAAGGGGGUUGUGAACCACAGCCAUGGACAUAGUGGAGAAGGCAUUGAUCACACCCUGCCAGGCCUUGGCUGUGAAACUCCAGGAAGCCCGAAGUAUUUUGUGAAGGUGAAAGAAGAGGUUUUGUCUGAGGAGGAGAGUGUUGGUGUGGAGAUGCAAGGGAGGCCGGAAGAAAAAGCAUUGAGGCCUACAGGAGAUGAUAAUGCCUCCUUGUUGGAGCAGGAUCUGACAGACUCGGUGAAGAUGCAAGAGGACGAUCUCUUGGGAAACGGCAACGGAGCGCUCAAGUCUGAGAAGACCUUUUGGCAAGGAACACCUAAGCGAAUGAGCCGCAGUAGGACAUCCCUGGAAAUCGCCAUGGGGGAAUGUUUUUGGGGUCCCAAAGUAGAGGAGACUCCUGAGACUGGGCAGCAGGUUGACAGCUUCCAGGAGAGCAAGCCUAACCUAGCUCUGCUUUGUGGGGAAGAUGCUAAAAAUGCACCCAGGAGGACCUUCCCUGAGAACCUCCUGAGCACUGAGGGGAGGAAGGGAGGCCAAGAGAACGGGACCAGCCUCCAUUGGAACACUCCCCUUCCGGAAGACCAGGCAAUGCCACCGGAAGCAGAGAAAGUGUAUAAGUGCUCCUAUUGUGGGAAGUCUUUCGGCGAUAGUUUGGACUUGGUUGCCCACGAGAGGACCCACAUUGGCGAGAAGAUCUACAAGUGCCCGCAAUGCGAGAAACGGUUCUCUCACCGGAUCGACCUCCUGACACACAAGAAGAACCACAAGGGAGAGAAGGUGCAUCGGUGUGAUUCGGACUGCGUGAAGUGCUUCGAGCAGCGAGCUUUCCUGAUGGGGCACCAGAUUGCCCACUCUGGGGACAAAGCCUGCCGGUGCUCCGUGUGCGGGGAGAGCUUCAGCUGGAAGUCCAACCUCAUCAGGCACCGGAGGACCCACACGGGAGAGAAGCCCUAUCACUGCACUGAGUGCGGGAAAAGCUACACGCGUAAUACCGCCCUGAAUAGACACAAGAAGGUUCAUGGUGGGGAGAGACCCUGCGACAGCAGUGCUCCGAGCAUAGGGCCAGCUUCAGUGUGGGUUCUCCUGGUGUGAGAGUUGGCAGAAGAGGUGACCCAACUUUGGUUUGCCCCUGGGGAGUGGGCCAGCCAGUAGGCUGCCUCCAUCGUCUUAGGAUGUCCCUUGUAGAGUUCAGCAGGAAGGAAGAGGGGAGAACUAGCAUUCUAGUUGGAUCUGCCUGUCAUUGACUCUCUGGCACCACCUACUGUUGGGCUCCCCGCCUUCCGCCCCAUUAUUGCCAGUGGAAACAAGCCACCGCCGAUAGAGAUAGAAAACAUGGAAGUGGUUCACAACUGUGGCAAGCGUCCUCUGGAUUCCACAUGGGUUGACGAAUCGCUGAACAUUUUUCGUGGAUGGGAAGAUUUUCUGGACAGCGUUUUUAAAAACCACAUACGCAGCAGAGGAGCAGUGGUAAGUGGUCCUGAGCGCAUAGCCUGCCUUAUGCCCGUGGCUGGGUGUGGUGAGAGACUGGCCUGCACCUUUUCAAACUGAAGAUGCAGGACCUGCCAUUUUUAAUUUCCCAGAUUCAUUUUUAAUUUUUAAAAAUGAGAACACUCUGGGCAAGUAAAAAUCUAGCACAUCAGGAAGAAUGGUUCUAGCCCAGUUUGCUCCCUGAUGCACUAGGUUUCUAUUGCAGGGCCUUUUUAACA